CUGCUGUGGCGGCGGCUGGCGGCCGCGGGGCUUGAGGCGGGUGUGGGGAGUCGGAGCGGAGCCGAGCGGAGCCGAGCGCCAGCGCGGGCUGAGGGUUAGGAGGGCGGCGACUGGCAGAGCGACCGGCGGCGGCGGCGGCGGCGGCGGGGACGGGGCGCCCUCUCUCACUUUUUGAGUGCCUCCCUCCGCUCCUGACAGACCACCCACCCCACACAGCACUCCUCCCGCCCCCGACCCCCGCGCACCCCACGCUCACACCCUGCCUGCCCGUGAGCCUGGGGAACUUGCAGCUUAAAGCCGGCCACCCCCACGGCAACAUGUACCCCAGCAACAAGAAGAAAAAGGUGUGGAGAGAGGAGAAAGAACGUUUACUGAAGAUGACCUUAGAGGACAGACGCAAAGAAUACCUAAGAGACUAUGUUCCCCUGAACACCAUUCUAUCUUGGAAAGAUGAAAUGAAGGGCAAGAGCCAAAGUGAUGAGGAAACUACUCAGGAAACAUCACUAGUGAAGAAAAGUUUGAGUGAGAAAGUUUCUCUCUACAGAGGUGACAUCACAUUGCUAGAGAUAGAUGCUAUAGUCAAUGCAGCAAAUGCCAGUCUUCUUGGAGGAGGUGGUGUGGAUGGCUGUAUUCACAGAGCCGCUGGCCCCUGCUUGCUAGCCGAGUGCCGGACCCUGAAUGGCUGUGAUACGGGACAUGCAAAAAUCACAUGUGGCUAUGACCUUCCUGCAAAAUAUGUCAUCCAUACUGUAGGGCCAAUAGCCAGAGGCCAUAUUAAUGGUUCCCACAAGGAAGACCUUGCAAAUUGCUAUAAAUCAUCUCUGAAGCUGGUGAAAGAAAAUAACAUCCGAUCAGUGGCAUUUCCCUGCAUCUCAACGGGCAUUUAUGGUUUUCCAAAUGAGCCUGCUGCAGUUAUUGCCCUUGGUACCAUUAAGGAAUGGCUGGCCAAGAAUCACCAGGAGGUGGAUCGAAUCAUCUUCUGUGUCUUUUUAGAAGUUGACUUCAAAAUCUACAAAAAGAAAAUGAACGAGUUUUUCCCCAUAGAUGAUAAUGAUGGAGAAGAAGAUGUUGACAUGAAAGAAGAUUCAGAGGAGUUAGAACACAAAGGCCUCUCUCCACCCCUCAAGAAGAGCAAAGCAAAGAAACCAGAAUGUUCCAAAGACUCCAGUGAAGAUGAGAAUGGUCCAGAGGAAAAGCAAAGUGCGGAAGAAAUAGAAGGGCAGAGCCAAGAAGCAGAUGGUGUCAGCACCCCCCCUGUGCCCAGCCCUGCUUCUGAAGAUGCAGUUGAAGAUUGUAAAGAUGAAGAUUCUGCAAAGGAUGACAACAUUGUAAAAGAUGAUAAAGUAGCAGAUCAUUCCGAGUGUGACCAAGAUCAUCCCAAUGGACAAGAGAGUGAAUCAACAAAGAAUGAAGUGAAACUUGAGACUGAGUCCCAGAGCUCAUCUAUGGAAACAGAAGAGAUUGCCUCAAACCAGGAGGAGGCCAUGAUGGUGGAGCAACCAGAAGUGAUCCCACUGACAGAUGAAGAGGAAGAAAAUGAAGAUGGAACAGGAAAAAAUCAAGGAGUAGCCAAAGAAGGAAUGAGUAACAUUUUCUUUCCUUCCAGAUACAGUGAAGCUGCGUUUGUAAUUCAUAUACGGUCAAUGUAA